GGAGGGACCCACCGGGAGACUGAUUCUUUAAACAAACUUUCCAAGUGGACUGCCUGCUUCCCUUCGCACUGCUGUGUUGGACCCAGACAAAAGGAGUUUGAGGGACUUCCAGAUAUUUUUCUACCUGAAGCCAAGGCCCAGACCCAACCGCCACCAUGUCGAGCAAGCGUGCCAAGGGAAAGACCACCAAGAAGCGUCCUCAGAGGGCCACCUCCAACGUCUUCGCCAUGUUCGACCAGUCUCAGAUCCAGGAGUUCAAGGAGGCGUUCAACAUGAUCGACCAGAACAGAGACGGUUUCAUCGACAAGGAGGAUCUGCACGACAUGCUGGCCUCUCUGGGUAAGAACCCCUCUGAUGAAUACCUCGAGGGGAUGAUGAGCGAAGCACCAGGGCCCAUCAACUUCACCAUGUUCCUCACCAUGUUUGGAGAGAGGCUCAACGGGACGGACCCCGAAGACGUCAUUCGCAACGCCUUCGCCUGCUUCGAUGAAGAGGGAUCUGGUGUGAUCCACGAGGACCAUCUGAGGGAGCUGCUGACCACCAUGGGCGAUCGCUUCACAGACGAAGAGGUGGACGAGCUGUUCCGCGAGGCGCCCAUUGACCAGAAGGGCAACUUCAACUACGCAGAGUUCACACGCAUCCUCAAACACGGCGCCAAAGACAAGGAUGACGAGUAGUGGGAGACACCGACUUCCUUUGGACCCCCGCACACAUACAGCACCUCAUAUCAACGCUUAGCUCUUACCUUUGCGGACCUUGUAGGUUUUAUGAAACUGAAAGACACAUUAUCAGUCUUUUUUUUUUAAAGUGCAGAAGUGGCCAUUGUGUUGAAGUUAUUUAGAUGUACAUGUUCAUUAAAGGUAUGAGCUUUGGAUUAAUCUCGGAACCACAGAAAUAUUUUGCUAUAUCAAUGACCGUUACCAUGAAGAGAGGUGUAUUUGCAUCUCAUAGCUACAAGUCUCCUGCGUCUUCACAGACUGCUGGUUGGACGUUUGAGACGCAUCAAAUCGUGUGCGUGCGUGUGUGUGUGUGGACUGUAAGACUCAGUGCCACGAACACCAGCAAUGUUUACCUCUAAACUGCCAAUUAGCUACCACACCUGCACUAGCACUGCAACAAGCCUCGAUAUCUGUAAUAUUUGUAUCCCUGCAUUAGAAAUGGAUAAAAAGAAAUCUGAUCAU